AUGGGGGAACGUAAAGCAGUCAACAAGUACUACCCUCCCGAUUGGGACCCCUCCAUGGGUGGAUUGGACAAGUACCAUGGAGUACACCCUCUCAGAGAGCGAGCAAAUAAGCUGCACUUGGGUAUCAUGGUCAUCAGGUUCGAGAUGCCAUUCAACAUUUGGUGUGGAGGGUGUGAAAACCACAUCGGCAUGGGUGUGCGGUAUAACGCUGAGAAGAAGAAGAUAGGAAUGUAUUACACUACGCCUAUCUGGCAGUUCAGAAUGAAGUGUCAUCUCUGUGACAAUUACAUUGAGAUGCACACUGAUCCUCAGGUAACCGCUACUAAAUUUCGACUACACAGCAUAGCAUCUGGAGGGAGGAGGAAAGAGGAACGGUACGAUCAGAACGACGCAGAGUGUGCGGCUGCUCAUGAACCUGAAGAGAGGAAAAGGCUUGGCACGGACCCGAUGUUUAAGCUGCAAUAUCAGGGCAAGGAUGAGGCGGUGGUGGAAGAGGCUGAACCAAUGAUGGAUAAACUUCAGGCAAAGCAAGACGUGUGGAAAGAUGAUUAUUUGCUGAAUCGGAGCCUACGAAAAAGACACAGGGACGAUAGGAAGAGUGACAAAGCCGCUGAUAAGUUUCUGAAGAAAGAAAUGGGUCUAGAUGUGAAGAUGUUACCAACCACAAAGAACGACAAAAUAACAUCAUCUCUAGUCAGAUUUACCACUAACAAGGACGGAUUGAAGUUAAAUAAGAAGUCAGCUAUCAGCUCAAUAUUCACUGACAAAAGAACGAAGCUGCUCACUUCUCUCAAACACUCUGGAGUAAAGUGCUCGGCUGACACCGACAAAGACAAUCAAGUGAAUGUUUCUAAUUUAGUUAAGGUUCAAGGGAAAAGGAGACGGUCUGCAGAAACCUCCUCCUCCUCCUCAAGUUUCUCCUCCUCCUCCUCCUCAAGUAUCUCCUCAUCAGAAGUGUUUUUACCUGCUAAGAAACCGUUCAGAAGACGUUCAGAACCCUCUUGUAAUAUAUCAGCUGGGAAGGAGAGGGCACCCUCUUGUAAUAUAUCAGCUGGGAAGGAGAGGGCACCCUCUUGUAAUAUAUCAGCUGGGAAGGAGAGGGCACCCUCUUGUAGUAUAUCAGCUGGGAAGGAGAGGGCAGCUAAUGGAAUAGAUACUGGUGAAACUUCCGGCCAGACUAUUCAAGCUAUUUUAAGCAGUAAUAAAACUGAUGGUUUUAGCACAGAACGUUCAGAUAUAGCGCCUAAUAACCUUAGUUCAGUGAGUAGUGGUGCACUGUUAGUGAGUAGUUUAGUGAGUGGAUACUCAUCUAGUGAUUCAGGAUGAGCGUUAGGGUGAUUCUUUUCUUUAAUGUAAAAGUAAAAUAGUUAUCCCUCUAGUAGCUUCUCUUAAUCAUUCAAUUUAAGUUAUUUUUUGAAAAUUAUUGUGAAUUUGUUAAAGUUUUAAAUAUAUUUUCGAUGUA